AUAAAAGACCACUCUCCCAAAUUGGUACCACACAAGUCUUCUAUUCUAUCACAGCCGCCGAGUCCUCCUCCCGAAAAUGGCAUCUUUCCGGGGAGUAGCCACCGUUUUGGCUCUCAUUGUCCAGCUCCAUCUCUUGUCCUCUCUCUCAAAUGCACAUAACAUAACCCGAAUCUUGGCUAAAAACCCUGAUUUCUCCACUUUCAACCACUACCUCUCAGCUACUCAUCUCGCCGAUGAGAUCAACCGCCGUCAAACGAUCACCGUCUUGGCCGUUGAUAACUCAGCAAUGUCCUCAAUCCUCUCCAAAGGAUACUCUCUCUACACAAUUCGUAACAUUCUCUCUCUCCAUGUCUUGGUUGAUUACUAUGGCGCCAAGAAACUACACCAGAUCACCGACGGCUCUACCUCCACUGCCUCCAUGUUUCAAUCCACCGGGUCAGCGACAGGAACUUCUGGAUACGUUAACAUCACGGAUAUAAAAGGGGGGAAAGUCGCUUUUGGUGUCCAAGAAGAUGAUAGCAAGCUCACAGCUCAUUACGUUAAAUCCAUCUUUGAAAAGGCUUAUAACAUCUCUGUUCUUCAUAUAAGCCAAGUCUUAACUUCGCCCGAAGCUGAAGCACCCACCGCGAGUCCCAGCGACCUGAUCCUCACCACAAUCCUCGAGAAACAAGGAUGCAAAGCUUUCUCCGACAUCUUGAAAUCAACCGGUGCCGACAAAACGUUCCAAGACACCGUAGACGGAGGCUUAACUGUGUUCUGUCCGUCCGACAGCGCGGUUGGUAAGUUCAUGCCGAAAUUCAAAGCCCUUUCUCCGGCGAACAAGACGGCGUUAGUGUUGUACCACGGCAUGCCGGUUUACCAGUCGUUACAGAUGCUUAGGUCAGGUAACGGAGCCGUUAACACGUUAGCGACGGAAGGUGACAACAAGUUUGAUUUCACCGUUCAGAAUGACGGAGAGGAUGUGACACUCGAGACCGACGUUGUGACCGCGGAGGUAAUGGGUACGUUAAAGGAUCAAGAGCCGUUGAUCAUUUACAAGAUUGAUAAAGUGUUGUUGCCUAGAGAGAUCUAUAAAGCCGUUAAGACGGCGGCUCCAGCUCCUAAGUCGAGUAAGAAAAAGCCUAAGAAGGCGGAGGCCGCUGACGGACCUAGCGCUGAUGCUCCAUCAGAUGAUGACAGCGAGGUGGCUGAUGAUAAAAAUGGCGCUGUAACGGCGAUGAUUACUCGAACAAGUACUGUCGUAACGGCGAUGGUCGGACUCUGUUUUGGAGUUUGGCUCAUGUGAUGUGACACAUGACGUUUGCUUCGGUUGGAGAAUCUUGUCUUUAUUUUCUGUUUUCUUGUGUCAUCAUUGUCGGUUUAAUUUAUUUUUAAAUAUUCUUUUUUUUUUCAAAGUUAUAUACUAUUGUGUGGAGAUUUGGAAUACUUUAUGUUCCACUUGUGUUGGAUCGGAUUUGUUUUGUUUUAUAAAAAAUGUGAUGAUGAUUCAAAUGAGUGAUUGAUACGUUGGAAUCA